GCACUGCAUUGGCGUAGAAGUGGCCCCGUCGGGUGUGUUUUUCGAGGAACACAUGCGUCUUUGCAUGAUUCUUGAUAUCUUGACGGAAUUGGACAGUGCGAUGGUGGGAGGGGUGGGAACGGGGGAAAGGGCAGUGUGUUUUUAACCUCGGAAAAUGGUGACGAUUAUUUGGUAAAAUGUCAAAACGCUGGGGCAGUGACUAUGUUGUCACGGAACACCGGGAUCUGCAGGCGAAUACCAUGGCAGUUGAUGCCACCGGUAGCUAUCUUCUCCUGGCAGGCCGAAGGUGUUUUGCUGUAAAACAAUUGGACGAGGGCUCAGAUAAUCUUAAGAAAUUUACGAGACAGAGUAAAUACGAAGUUGGAUCUGCAGAGUGGAAUCCCACGUUACCGAACUGUCAUUUGUGUGCAAUUUCGAGCAAUACUCGAGUGGAGGUCCUGAGUUUCGCUGGUGGAGGUGGACAAGAUCUGCAGACAACCCACAGUCUCCGCGCCCACACUCGAGUAGUCAGCGAUCUAAACUGGCACCCGAAGGAGCCAGACAUUCUCGCCUCUUGCAGUAUAGACACAUUUAUCCACAUCUGGGACCUGCGGGACCAGCGCAGGCCCUCCCUGUCCCUCUCAGCAGUAGCAGGAUCUUCCCAAGUACGAUGGAAUCCCCUUUCCCCUCACACCCUAGCCACAGCCCACGACGGAGACGUCAAAAUUUGGGAUCAAAGGAAAGGCAACAGUCCGGUUCAGUACAUCGCAGCUCACCUGACGAAAAUUCAUGGUCUAGACUGGUGUCCCUUCCAGCAGAAUCAGCUGGCAACGUCUAGUCAAGACUGCACCGUUAAAAUCUUUGACAUAACGAACCCCAGAAGAGCCGAGGGCAUCCUGACAACCAACUCUCCAGUCUGGAGGGCUAGAUACACUCCUUUUGGCGAGGGUCUAGUGACGAUUGUUGUUCCUCAGCUUCGAAGGGGGGAGAACAGUCUCCUCCUGUGGAAUACCUCUAAUUUCAGCGCUCCAAUCUACACUUUUGUCGGCCACACUGACGUGGUCCUCGAAUUCCAAUGGAGAAAUCAAAAAGUAGACAACAAUGAUUAUGAAUUAAUCACGUGGUCGAAGGACCAGUGCCUGAGGAUAUUCAAGAUCGAUCCCUUCUUGAAAAAACUUUGUGGUCAUGAUAUGGACGACACUACCUCAGUCUACACGCAAUAUUCAGAGGACACCAACAUGAGGGCCCUGAGAUCCCCUCAGCAAAUACCCCUACAAGAUACCCAGAGUGAACCUGAGAUGAAAUUCACGUCCAAGUCUGAUGGGCCCAUCAUUCAGAGUGAAAUUGUUGCUGUUGAAAAUGAAAAGGAGGUGCCCUCUCCCACUCAACCAAAGACCCUCCAACAAGAAUUUUCGCUGAUCAAUAUGAAUAUUCCAAAUAUUGAGCUCAAUGCCAUGGACGCUGUGGAGAGAAGCUGUACCGUUACUGCGAGGAAUAAGAAUUAUAAUGUAAUUUUAAAAGUUAAUUUUCCGGGUAAUUAUCCUUGCGCUGCUCAGCCAACUUUUCAGUUCUGCCCUGGAACCACUGUUGACAGCACCACAAUGGCUAAAUUACUCAGGGUUCUAAAACAAACAGCCCAGCAGAGAGUGAGGAAGAAUAGAUCUUGCUUGGAACCAUGUCUCAGACAAUUGAUAACUACAUUGGAGCAGACCUGCGCCACUAAUGAGGGUGAGGUCAAUCAUCUGGGGUAUAUUCAGGGACCUACAGACUUCUUGGCAUCUUCAAAUAUUCUGUCGAACUAUCAGGACACGUACAUUCCUUUUCCGAGAACAUCAGGGGCUAAAUUUUGCGCUGUGGGAGUGCUUAUCUGUUUUGGAAGGUCUACUUAUAACCGAAGAACUUCGGUUAAGCCUGACGGAAUCACUCCCAGGGCACUUUCUGCACUAGCAACGAUUGGAAAUGGACCUUUCAUGAACAUGUACUCUGGGUCAUUUGGACAAUCUGGCGAUACCAUGUCCAUCAGUUCUUUCUAUUUUCAAGACCGGCAAAAAACCAUUAGGAGAACUGCACACGGCUCAAGUAGAGCACAUAGCAGGAAUUGUUACAAGAAUUUCUACUCGAUAGCAACAGUCUACGACGCAUCGUCACUCUUCUUCGUGAAUAAGGAACUCGCUGAGAAGUACAUCAUCAAUAUAACGGACAUUCCUGGAAUGUGCCAGCACAAUGCCAAUGUGGCAGCCUCCCUAGAGCGACCGGACCUGGUACAAGCUUGGUACCUAGCUUCUUUGGUGAUAUCCUCACCGCUGUCGAACAAUUCACAAAGUUCCUGUUCUAUGGAUAUCGUGCCACCCUGGCCGUUGCAUCCCUUCGGGCAAAAUCUCAUUCAUUCGUUAAUUCAACAUUACGCGAAUCAAUGUGACGUUCAAAUGGCGGCAAUGCUGAGUUGCGCUCUCAGCUAUCGUUCUGAGACCCACGACAACAAUCAAACACACCUGAGUAAAUCCGUCAACGUCAGCAGGCUAUUCACUGGAAAAUGGUGGAUGAAGCCAGGGGGAUCACCCUAUCACACUAUUCACCCAGCAGACACGAGUCUCGAGGGCUGGAAUUUCCAAAAUCUCAAGCAAAAUCGAUCAAACUCUUGGUCGGAGUCAUUGGAUGACAUGAAAUUGACUCAAGAUACUUUUGGAGAGACUGCGAGGAGUCUUAAACUCCUCGAUGAAAAGAACACUCUCUUGUAUGAUUGUUAUAAAAAGGCUUAUGCAGAGGUGCUGCACAGGUGGAGGCUGUUGGAUGCCAGGGCACAAGUGCUCAAGCACGUUAGUUUGUCGCAUCUAGAUACGAACAAAGACGUCGAAUUUCAGAGCGAAUGUCAUCUGUGCACCAAGACCAGCAGGGGACCCCAGUGUAAUCAUUGCAAAAGAUUGACAUUUCAGUGUGUUAUUUGUCACAUUUCUGUCAGAGGUCCUAGCAAUUUUUGCACUGUUUGUGGUCAUGGAGGUCACACACAGCAUCUAGCCGCAUGGUUUACCAAAGAAAGCGUUUGCCCAACUGGCUGUGGCUGUUCCUGUCUCCAGGAAAGUACUUCACUACUUAAAAUGUAAUUGUUUUUAAUGUGGAUGAAAAAGACUGUAAAUUGAUUAGGUUAAUUGUUAGACUCCGUGUACCUCAUGUACAUUAUGUAAAAUACAUUUUUUCAUACGGAAUAUCUUGAAAACUUUGUUUUCUUCACUGAUUCGUCAUCGAGUUCUUCUGGUGGUUCCUCCGAAAUGAUGAAGUGUUCUUCAUCAAGAAAUUCAUCUUUUCGGAGUUGUGAUUCCGCCUCUAGAAUUUUCGAUCUCUCGUCUUUAAUAAAAUCGUCUCUUAUA